AGUUUUGAUGGUGAUGAUUUUGAUGAUGCCGAAGAAGAUGAAGGACUUGAUGACUUGGACAACGCUGAGGAGGAAGACCAGGAGAAUGUUGCAAUCUUGCCAGCUGGUGAAGGACAACAAGCAAACCAGAAACGGAUCACAACAAAUUACAUGACAAAAUAUGAAAGGGCACGUGUUUUGGGUACCAGAGCAUUACAGAUAGCAAUGUGUGCACCUGUUAUGGUGGAGCUUGAAGGAGAAACUGACCCACUGCUUAUUGCUAUGAAGGAACUAAAAGCCAGGAAGAUCCCUAUAAUCAUCAGACGCUAUCUUCCUGAUGGCAGUUAUGAAGACUGGGGGGUGGAUGAGCUCAUCAUUACCGACUAA